GUGUCAGAUGUUUAGUUGUAUGAGUAAGGCUUCCUGCGUGAGGCCGAAACGCUUCACCCUGUGAUGUCCUGUUGUCGUUCAUCGGACUUUAUUCAAUAAAGCAUCGAUUCUUCGCAAGAGUUCCUGUGCCAGACAAUCUUCUUUUCUAUGCUCACAAGUGUGGUGUAGUCUGCGCCAGUCCAUGCAUCCAGGUGGCAAGAGGGUGAGCUGGCUAAUACCUGCUAUACAUAUGAACAAAUGAUAUGUACUUAUAUAUGCUGUAGGAUUACAAGCCUUGCUAUGUAUAAUGAUUUUUCAGAUAUGGUUAUUCUAUUAGUCUCGCCUGAAAUCUCUUUGGUGGAUGAACCAGUGAAGAUCCAAGCUUCAGGACUCCCCCCUGAGAAGGUCAUCACUCUACGGGCAUGGCUGAAGGAUGAGAAAGGGCAGAUAUUUCAAUCCAGAGCUUUCUACAAGACAGAUAUGGAAGGGAAUGUGGAUCUGGAGACGUCUCCAGCCACUGGUGGAGACUUUCAUGGAGUCUGUCCAAUGGGUCUAUUUUGGAGUUUGAAGCCAGUUGUCCCAUUUCUAAGGCUGAUGAAACGUGAUGUGAUGGGGAGUCCCUUCUCUCUUCAUCUGGAGCUAUAUACUUUAUUGGUGUUAACUCCACUUCCUGAAGAUUCUCCUGCUGCCACCAAAGUCAUUGAAAGAUGGUAUACAGCUCCCGGAGUCCAGAGAACACUAAUAAGAGAAGGACGUGUACGAGGAGCACUCUUUCUCCCACCAGGUGAAGGGCCCUUUCCUGGAGUUAUUGACAUGUUUGGAGGUGUCGGUGGUCUGAUAGAAUUCCGUAGUAGCCUCCUGGCUAGCCGCGGUUUUGCCUCUCUCGCCUUGGCUUAUUUUGCGUAUGAUGAUUUGCCUAGUUUUCUCGGUGAAAUGGAUUUAAAGUAUUUUGAAGAAGCCGCUCAAUUUCUGUGUGCUCAUCCAAAAGUGUCAAGUGAUGGAAUUGGAGUGGUCGCUAUAUGUAAAGGAGCUGAGAUAGCUUUGGCCAUGGCGUCUUACCUGCCUCAGGUUGCUGCUACAGUAUGCAUCAAUGGAACCAACGCUGUGAAUGGCAACAGCCUUAUUUAUGGUGAUCUUGCUCUGAGCGGAAUACCCUACAAAGCAGAAAGACUUUUGAUCACAGACUUCGGGUCCCUCUCUCUUUUAAACUUUUUGGAUGAUUCAGGAAAACCAGAACACCAGGACUCUAUACUUCCCCUGGAGAAAGCCAGAGGUCCCAUCCUCUUUUUAGUGGGAGACAAAGACGAGAAUUACAACAGCUUGUUUUUUGCUAGGGAAGCAAAUGCCAGGGCAGUAAAGUACGGCAAAAAGGAUGUGUACUUGCGAUGUUACCCAGGAGCGGGACAUCUUCUAGAGCCUCCGGGUUCCCCCUUCUGUUCAGUAUCACAGUCCACAUUCUUUCCACUUCCUUUGACUUGGGGUGGGGAGCUUGUGGCUCACUGCAGAGCACAGGAAACUAGUUGGAAAGAGCUUCAAGAAUUUCUCCGUAAAAAUGUUAGGUGCUCACGAUGGAAUAAAUUAUGAUCAUUUUAAUCUAUUAGGGGAAUCUACAAUCCAGCAUUCUAUGGUGAGAGUUCACAAUGGGCAUUGCUGUACAUACCAUUAGCUAUAUUGAAUGUACCGCAUGUGAAUGCCUGUAUAUUUGAGCUAUGUGGCGGAGGGGCGUAUCGGUCUGCUAAUGACAUCAGAGCUCAAGUGAGAUCCCCUUUAAGCUGAAAUAUAAAAUGAAAACAUUGCAGUUUUAUUUUUAUCUAUUAAAGAUUAUGUUAUAUUGUUUUUCUCCCAGUUGUUUUAUUUCAUCACAGAACAAUGAAUAAAAGUUUACAUCAUAAUUUGAAUAGCAAAG